AUGAAAAUAGCCAGAAAAUUCUCAACAUAAUCCGUCUAUAUAGUGGCUGCAAAAAGAACACCUGUAGGCUCACUGAUGGGAAAACUAAGCUAAUUUAAAGCUACUGAAUUAUCUUCAUUAACAAUAAAAGCAGCUCUUGAAUCUAAAUAAAUUUCCCCUGAAAAUGUUGAUGAAGCAAUAUUUGGAAAUGUAUGUUCAGCUGGUUUAGGUUAAAAUCCAGCUAGAUAAGCUAUAUUAGGAGCAGGAUUACCAAUAACAACAAUUGCUACAAAUGUAAAUAAAGUAUGUUCUUCAGGAAUGAAAGCAGUAAGUUUUGCUGCUUAAUAAAUACAAUUAGGUGCUGCUAAUUGUAUAAUAUCAGGAGGAUUCGAAAGUAUGUCAAAUGUUCCAUUUUAUGUCAUGAAUUAUAGAAAAGGCAUAUUAUAUGGAAAUUAAUAAUUACUUGAUGGUUUAGCAACUGAUGGUCUUUCUGAUGUUUAUAAUAAAUGUGCAAUGGGAGUAUGUGCUGAAAAAACAGCAUAAGACUUUUAAAUAUCCCGAUAAUUAUAAGAUGAUUUCUGUAUUUCUUCAUACGAAAGGGCUUUAUAAGCAGCAAAAUAAGGAAAGUUUAAUGAAGAAAUAGUUCCAGUGAAAUUAAAUGAUAAAGAAACAUUUUCAUAAGAUGAGGAACCAUAAAAAUUCAGAAAAGAAAAAAUCCCUUUAUUAAAGCCUGCCUUUUCAAAAACAGGGACUAUAACGGCUGCAAAUUCUUCCAAAAUAAAUGACGGAGCAUGCUCUUUAGUAUUAAUGAGUGAAAAAAAAAUAAAAGAAUUAAAUAUUAAACCUUUAGCUAAAAUAAUUUCUUUUGCAGACGCCGAAGUCGAUCCAAUUGACUUUUGUAUUGCACCUACUAAAGCAGCUUAAAAAGCUCUCGUUUUGGCUGGAAUGAAGUAAUAAUAAAUUGAAUUUUAUGAGUUUUCGGAAGCUUUUGCAGUUACUGCUUUAUGUAAUAUGAAACUCUUUGAUAUUGAUCCUAUUAAAAUUAAUGUCAAUGGAGGAGCUGUAGCUUUAGGACAUCCUAUUGGAAUGUCUGGUGCUAGAUUGGUUUAAUCUUUAGUUAGUGUUUUAAAAUAAAAUAAAGGUAAAUAUGGAGUUGCUAGUAUUUGCAAUGGAGGAGGUGGAGCAUCUGCUAUUAUUAUUGAAAAUUUGUGA